UAUCUCCUGAGAUCGUUGUUGUCUCUGUGGCUGUCUGGAGCACCUUCAAGCUUCCCAUGAUCCUCGCUUUGGCUUCGUCCGCUCACGCGUUUUUCGUGAGUGCUUUCUCAUCCCACCUUUUGUCGAUUGGCCACUCUCCCUCUAACGAUGCGCAGAAUUGCGUGGGAAAGGACGAUCCAGCCGUACAAGACAUUCCUGAGCCUCGCGAUAAUUCCGGAUACUGCGUCGGCAACGGCGCCGAUGCGGGCGCGAGGAGGCUUCCAUGCAGUGGAGUUCGUGACGAGCCAUGCCGUGUACUGUACUUUGCUAACGAUGUCACUCUUUUUGCAGGAUACCUCGUGCACCUACGACAAGACUUAUAAGCAUCCUGGGUGUCGACCGCAGUGGACUUUGGGGUUUGCGCUUUGCUAGAAGUUGUCAUUCGAGAUUAUGGUGUUGCGCU